AUUCACGUGGAGCAGAAAUUUUGUUGCAGUUCUAAAUACGUUCGGUUUGGUUUGGUUGAUUGUUAAACGUGUCGUUGUGGCGCCAAUGCAUGUUGACUAUCGUUCAUCGAUACACUGCGUACACGGCAACCGUGUGUGACCACAAGCACCCAAAUCCGUUGACCAACACUGACUGCAGCAGAACACGGCAGACAGCAAAAACAACAACACCGAAGUGCGUGUUCCCGUGUGUGUGUGCGUGUGAGAUUGGAAGACAAUGGCUGCAGCUGCGGAUCUGGUUGUUCCUACCCUUGCCAUUCGCUCUAGCGUGGCCGUAGAGUUGUGGUCCUCAGCGGGCCCCAAGCAGCCCUACGAGCACAAGCCCCACCUGCCCCGCGAAGAGACGAAGAGCUCCCGCUCGAUCUGCUUCAGCGCCGAUGGCCGGUACUUCGCAUACUCCAACGGCCAGGGUGUCAAGGUGCUCGAGACGAGCAAGGCUACCACCGCCAGCUGGCCGGUGAAGUGCGUCUUGCCCAGGCCUAAGGCCUUCUACCUCCAGUUCUCGCCACGUGGCAGCUAUCUGUGCACCUGGGAGCACUAUGCCAUCACGAAGGACCGCCCGGAAGGGUCGCCCAACCUACUCGUCUACGAGGUGGCCACCGGCGCCGAGGUGUUCGCCAUCGUCCAGAAGAACCAGACGGACUGGCAGCCCUCCUGGUCAGCGGACGAGUCCAUUUUCGCCAUGGUUGUCGGAGGUGAGGCGCUCUUCUACGACCUCGGAGCGGGAGCUGACAAGGGUUUCGCCUCCACGUCGCGCAAGAUCGGAGGCAGUCGUGGCGGUAUGCUGUCGCUGGGUCCGGGCAACUGCCCACCUUUUCUUGCUUUCUACACGCCGGGCGCCAAGGGCGCACCUUCCAUGUGCAAGCUGUACAAGUAUCCAGCGCUGGGACAGAACCAGACUGUCGCUUGCAAGAGUUUCUUUCAGGCGGACCGCGUCGAGAUGCUGUGGAACAAGCGAGGCAGCGGACUACUGCUUCUGACCAGCACGGAGGUGGAUAAGAGUGGUGCUUCCUACUAUGGCAACCAGGCGGUGCACUUCAUGGCCACCAAGGGCGACACCUGUUCCGUGCCCCUUUCCAAGGAGGGCCCAGUGCACUGCGUCAAGUGGAGUCCCAAGGCAACAGAGUUUGUUGUCGUGUACGGGUUCAUGCCCUCAAAGGCGGCCCUCUACAACCUCAAGUGCGAUGUAAUUUUCGACUUCGGAGAAGGCCCACGCAACUGUGCCUACUUCAAUCCGUUCGGAAACCUCAUAGUGCUCGCUGGCUUCGGCAAUCUGCCUGGAGCCGUUGAGGUUUGGGAUGUGUCCAAACGCGAGAAGCUGGCGAACCUCAAGUGCGCCGACACCACGGUCUUCGAGUGGCAUCCCAACGGGGAAUGGUUCGUAACCGCCACGACAGCGCCGAGGCUGCGCAUCAGCAACGGGUUCAAGGUGUACCACUACUCAGGAGCCCUGCUCCACGAGACCAUGUGGCCGCAGGGCCAAGAGCUUCUGGGCAUCGAGUGGCAGCAGUUCGCGGACAAAACGUUUAGCGAGCCCAAGAUCACCAAGGCCAAGCACGAGGGCAUCAAGUCCAGCCAGCCGGAAGCCAGCAAGAAGGCCUACACACCGCCCCAUCUGCGGCUGCUAAAGGAAGGCAAGAACCCGGAGAAGUAUCUGCCCCAGCCGACUAUUCCCGGACUGGCCCCGGCAGCAGCAGCAGGUGGUGCCAACGGAAACAAACGUAACAACAAGAACAAGGCCCGGAGCGCAAGAAAGGAUGGCAACGUUGUGAACGGCGGCGAAGCGGACUCUGCCCCGGCUGAGGCGUCUGAACCAAGUGCUCCGAAUGCCCAGCAGGCGCUAGUGUCCAUCGCUGGAGAGGAGCAGGGGCAGCGGCCCACUCCCAGACACAAGUUCCAGCAGGACAACGCGGCCGAUCAGCAGCAAAGUCCACCGGGGCAGGCCAAUGGGCAGAACGUCAGCGAGAAGGAUCGCAAGAUUCGCAGCGUCGCCAAGAAGCUGUCGGACAUCAAGAAGCUAAAGGUGCGCCGCAGUCAGGGCGAGAGCCUGGAGCUGAACCAACUGAACAAGAUUAAAAUGGAAGCACAGUACCUGGACGAGCUUAAGGCUCUUAAGCUGUCUGCCUAGGGGCACGAUGAUAGCGAUUAUGAAGACGACUAGAGGAAGGAUAAGAGAUGCGAGGAGUAAUUGCUCUUGUGAUUGUGAUACACCACCUCUUCUCACCUCCACUCCAUUGAGACCUCCUGUCCGUCCCCUUCCUGCUGUUCUGCGCUCAUUUUGCGGCGCCCACUUGCCGCAAUAUGUUUCUAGUUAAAAACAUUUUUCUACUAUUGUGAUUUCUUAACUAUUUUUGGCAAAAACAAACAGUAACUCCUAAACAAUACAAAUUUAUGUACCAAAUUGUGCUACCGAGUAAAUAAAGAUGUUUCCACCAAGAUCGUGAGUGGGAUUCACUGCUCCCAA